CGCGGCCACAGCCAUUUUGUUGUCCGAGCGCUGCCCGGGCCGUGGUCGUGUGUUGGCAAAUGGUUUUCGUGGGGCUGGGGUGUGGGGCUGCCUUGCGGCACUCGGGAGAGCUGUCGGUCCCGGCCCUCUCAGGUAUUGCUGAGGUCUCGUCUCGCUGCCUGCGAGCCGCGGGACCCACGCAUGCACCUUAUUCUAGGCCUGUGUCAUUGCUGGCUCAUUGCUUCGCUGAGGUUGAAGCCUUUCCUCCUGUCUCCCUCAGCAGAGGACAGGUCUCUCCUGUAUAUGUCUCUCCCAGCCCUGAGGAGUAUCUCUACCUCGUGCCAGCAAGCUGCCUCUCUCCUCAGAAAUUUGUUUGGAGUUGCCCUCUUCACCUGUGGAGAAACCUCAUUCUUCCUCUCCUCCUCUCCUUUCAGCAGCUCUACUCUGCCUCUCCCUGGGUAGCCAGCAGGAUUCCUCAGCUUGCCCGGGCUCUGCUGGAGGCCCCUUGUAUUGGCUUCUCUGAGCCCUUGCUGUUUCCAGGAGCCAUCUCAAAUCAAACCUUACUCAAGGUGCUGAAACAUUUUGACAAUUGUUAUGGUAUGUCCUAUUUCCAGCUUAUACAGGAAGCAGACUUUGAAAUCAAAGAAGAAAGCGAUCCUGUUCUUCUUGUAUUUCUGGCUGAGGCUGGAAGUUUGUCUCUUGUAAGUUCCUUGCAUUGAGAGUCCAGCAAUGCUUUGUCCUUAGGAGAUUCCCAUCUCAACCUGGAAGAGUUAAAGGUAACAUCUUCACAGAAACACUGGAAAUUCUGUGUGCAGCCCAAAUGGAUCUCAAAAGCUAUAGCAGGAAUUUGGAUACAGCAAGUGAUAUGCCUGGUAACUAAAGGCAACUGAAGUUAAAAACACGUUUAAUAUUCAGGCAAUGGCUUGCAUGCAAUGAGAGGCUGUUUCACAGAAGUUUUGAUAACAUCAUCCUUCAAAACAUCUUGCAGGUGAUCCUACACUUCUGUCGUCAAAUUCUUCAGCAAGCAUUUUACAGAAACAAUAUGAAUGCAGAUGUCAGAUUUGAAUGGACUCAAGUUACAGUCUCACAGAUCUAAUGAAUUUUCUAAUUAAAAUUAAAAUUAAUCCUCCUUUUAAAGAUAUAAAUAGGUCAUCCAUUGAUGAUCUUUUUAUUGGAAAAUUGUAGUUUGGUGAGUAGGUACGAUUUCCUUUGAGCAGAUGCAUGUAAGUACACAGUACUAAUAAUGCUUGGUGUUAAAUGCCAAAAAAAAAAAAAAAGAAGAAGAAAAAGAAAAAAAAAAAAUCUAGUCAAGAAGCCAAAAGUUGAAACAUUAAUAAAAAUAUCAAGUGAUGCCUUUGAGGGCUUCACACUUCUAAAAUGCAUAGGAGCUGAUUGCUAGCCAAAUUUCCAGGCUCAAAUUAAGAAAGUAUUUGUAGAUCUUUGGCUAUCAAACAUUUAACUAGCUAAUAACCUCCAGUGAAACAGCUCUGGGCGUUGAAUAAGUCUUGCUUUCUAGGUACAGAGCAUGUGCCAUCUUGUACAUGUAAAAGUUACAAGAUUAAUGAAAAGUGAGCAAUACUGUUUUAGCCAAAAAAAAACAGCAACCUCAAGAGAGAUUAUAAAUGCAGUAUUUGAAUAUGUUGUAUUUCAUAUACACAUUUAUUUGAUGCAAGAUUAUAGCUAGAAUUGGCUUUUAUUUUCUAAAUCUUUUCACUGACAGAUAUAAAUAAAAUGCUUUUCCUUUAAGAGACAGUAGGCAUGUGUAGAUUCCCUUUUUGUUUAAUUCUGCUGAACUGUAAGAUGCUAUGUAAGAUCAUAGAUCUGCUAUGUAAGAUCAAUUAGAAAUGUUCAAAUUCAAAACAGUUCCUAAACACAGACUUAUCUUCCUCCUUAUGUAGAAUUAAAGCCUUAUUCUGAAUAUCCAAAAUCUGAACUCUUCUGUUUUUACUUGCAUUCGUAUUUACCUUCAAGGACCCCAUCGCACCCCCUCACAAUCUGAUAAUGCAAUGGCAGUUUUUCUUGCUGCAUUAUGAACACUUUUUUUCUCAUGGCAUUACAGCAGCUAACGACUUAAAAGGCAAUUGCAAUUGUAGUCUGUGAUAUGGGAAAGACUACCAAAAUCAGAAGGCUUUAUGUUACUGGGCUGAAAAAUCUCAUAAAAUUUUAUCUGUCUAAACAUAUUUGAGCUACCAGUCAUCUGUGGCAAGAGGUGCCUGCUCUUCUGGUUAAAGGAGCAAUACAGCCUUUUUUAUGUACACUCUCAUACCUCAUCAAAAUUAGUACAAUUGAUACAGGAACUCUCACAGAUCUAUUAAGAGCAUAAGCAGUGGAAUUUUAUUGAAUUCUUUG